CGGUGGUUUCUGGCUGUCCUGCUUUGGCGCCGGCCCUGCGGCCAUCUUGGGCUUCGCUUCUACUCGCACCGGCCAGCCUACCCAGCCCUUCCGGUGUCUCGCGGUCUCGGGGCUUUGCAGCGGUCCGCGUCUCCGAGGAAGUCGCCGCCACGGGAGGGCUCCUAUCUAUGGUGGAGAGGCCUCGCGCGGACUAGGACGCCUCCUUCCCCGCCAGGAUGGAUGUCGCCUCGGUCGUCGCCUCCUGCGUGAGCCGCCCUGCUCGGUGGUCUGUCGCCCGUUGCCGAAGCCGCUGCUCUCUGUGGCUCUUCUGCUGGCGCUGGGAUCGGCCUGGAGCCCCGACUCCGCCGCUGGGCGCGGCCAAGGCUGUCUAGGCCUCCUCUCGAGUCCCGUCCGACCCGUUGCCGCUGAGCUCCGCCGUCUGCCCGAGAGACUGCCAAGAAAAAGAAGAUGGAGCCGGCGACACAUGGAUGGCGGAAACAGUCGGCCCCUCCGGCCGGCUCCUGGUUCCGGCUGCCCUUCUUUCCUCGGCGAUCGCAAGCAGGCUUUUCCAAGUUCCCGGUACGUCCUGCUCCUGAAAACUCCGGGGAGCCCACACUACCUUCCUCUUCCCAGCCCGAGGCUCGGACCAGCUACUGGGCGAAGCUGCUUUCCCCGCUCCCCAGCUUGCUUCAGAAGUUGCUGAUUUGGAUCCAGCUUUUCAGUGGCAUAAUUCCGACCAGAUGGCUAGAUUUCGCGGGAGGCUACAGCGCCUUGAGAGCCUUGAGGGGACGGGAGGCAACAGCUGCCCCCGCGGGGCAGAAAACUUUGAGUUCGCUCCGGCUGGACCCGUCGGACAGCACGGUUGCCAGUUCCCUUAAUUGGCUAGAGGAGGGGAUCCUCUGGCAGUGCUCGUCCUCAGACCUAGAAUUGGAGCUUAAAGCCCAGGGAAAGACUUUGGACCCUGCAGCACACGCGUUUCUCCUGGAGCAGCAGCUGUGGGGAGUGGAGCUGUUGCCAGGUAGCCUUCAAGCCCGUCUGUUCCCUGACCGAGAACCUGGCUCUGUGCCCUCUGGGUCUCUAAGAGUUCAGCGCUUAGGCAAUUUUAACGUAGUCUCCUAUGUGCUGAACCCCACCUACCAUGACUGUCUUCCCCAGCUAGAGCUCGGCUGUCAGAACAGUGCUGGAAGUGGCGAGCUGGUUGAUUUCCAGGCAUUAACCCCAGAGAGCAGCUGCCUUUUUGAGGAUCAUUGUCAUCCCCAGCCACUGCGUGCAGAGAUCUCCGCAGCUUCGUGGCAGGGCUGUCCACCUCUUUCUAGAGAAGGCUUGCCUGAAAUCCAGCACCUUCGUAUGAAACGGCUGGAGUUCCUUCAGCAAGCUAGCAAGGGCCAAGAGUUACCCUCCCCUGACCAAGAUAAUGGCUACCACAGCCUGGAGGAGGAACACAACCUUCUCCGAUUGGAUCUGAACCACCACUUGGAUAACCCUACACAGCCUGUUCCCCUUGAGGAAGCCAUUCCUGGAACCACCCAGGAGCCCAGGGAGGAAAAAAUAGAAUUGUUGACUAAAGAGGUUCCACUUGGCUUGGAAAAGCAAAACCAUUCUGGAAGCUGUCCAUCUUGUGAGGUACCUGAGGAAAGAGAGCCUGAAGAGGACCAAGUCAGUGUGGUUGAUUCCUCAGACAUAGAAGAUGAUCUUCCCAUUUCUGCCAGACCAGCUUGUAGUAACAAAUUGAUAGAUUACAUUUUGGGAGGUGCAUCCAGUGAUGCGGAAACAAGUUCUGAUUCAGAAGGUGAGGAUUGGGAGGAGGAAGCUGAGGAUGAUGGUUUUGAUAGUGAUGGCUCACUGUCAGAAUCAGACUUUGAACACGACUCUGAAGGGCUUCACCUUUGGAACUCUUUCUACAGUGUAGAUCCUUAUAAUCCCCAAAACUUUACAGCAACACUUCAGACUGCUGCCAGAGUUGUUCCUGGAGACCAUUCUGAUUCAAGGAGGGAUUUGUCUGACAAGUCUGAUGUUGGGAAUUGUCCCCAGUCUGAAAUCCUUCCUGAGACAUCUGACCUUAAUUCUGGGGAGGAAGAUGAUUGGGAAUCUAGUGCAGAUGAGGCAGAAAACCUGCAACUGUGGAACUCUUUCUGUAAUUCUGAUGAUCCCUACAACCUUUUGAAUUUUAAGGCUCCUUUUCAAACAUCAGGGAAAAAAUGGAAAGUCUGUCAGGGUCCCCAGAGCCCAUCCAAGUCCAUGGUGGCCAUUUCUGAGUGUCACACCUUAUUUUCUUGUAAGGUACAACUGUUGGGGGGCCAAGAAAAUGAUUGUCCAGACCUGGGACAGUGUGCGGUUCCUUCUGGAGAGAGACACAUGCAUAUCAAAAGAAAAAAGGUAACCUUCCUUGAAGAAGUUACUGAGUAUUAUAUAAGUGGUGAUGAGGAUCGCAAAGGACCAUGGGAAGAACUUGCAAGGGAUGGAUGCAGGUUCCAGAAACGAAUUCAAGAAACAGAAGAUGCUAUUGGAUAUUGCUUGACAUUUGAGCACAGAGAAAGAAUGUUUAACAGACUCCAGAAACAUGCUUCAAAAGACUUAAUGUUUCUGAGCAACGUUAAGAUGAGCUGACAGCCCGUAGCCCUAGCAUACACUACCUCUUACUUGAGAGGUUUCUUUUUAACACAAAUACUGGCAGCUGUCUUUUGACUUUUUAAAAAUUUUUCCCAACAUAUUCCACUUAGAAAUGUGCAGGUUUAAGUCAGCCCUGAUAAUGAAGGAUGUGUGAUUUUUUAAUGUUCCUUUUUUGAUUUUGUUGAAUGUGUUUUUAACAUUCUUUGCUUGAGGUGAAAAGGGGACCUUUGAAUUAUAAUUUUGCACUUUCAAAACUUAUUUUCUUGGGAAACAAUAUUUAUAGGGCUUAGAGCUCAUUUUCAGUUCUAUUUUAAAUUAUGUAUGCUUGUCAAAACACUUUGGGCUUUUUCUUGUUUUUUUUUUUUCCCCCAACAUCUGAAAUUAAUGGGCUUUGAUGUUUUUCUGUACUUUUUUAUUUCAGUGAUUUGGCCUGUCUGCCUUAUGGCUAAAAAUAAUAAUCUUGUGUAUGUUAUCAACUUAAAACUACAUUAUCUUUUUUCAGAAAGUACAUUAUUUUGUUUCCACCCUUUCAAAUGACUGGUAGAAAACAUGUGGUGUUUUUUUUCCAAGUUCUACUUGAGAUAUUUCCAAGGACUGCCACAGAAUGUGUGCAUGCGGUACUCUCUGCUACUUUGGAAAGCUACAUCUUUCUGCCAAAUUUUAACAUCUAAUAUAUUUGAUUUCUGCGUAAAAUGUUCUUUGGAGAGGGAUCUGAAUAUGUUAUUGUAGGUCCCAGUUGAAUGUGGUCCUUUGUAUCUUUCAACAGGUAUAGACUGUUAAAUGUUCUAGAAAGUAAUCACAUUAUAAGAAUUUAUUUUUUAAACUUAAAAGCCAAGAAUUUUCCUAGGAGGAAGAUAAAAGUAAUUUGGUUUUGUUGUAUAUUAUACUGUCAACAGAAAUCCAGUGUUAAUAUAAUGCCUCAGCACUGUCACUUUAAAAACCUGUCAGGGUGACACUGUAAAAACUUGGAACUGGGCAGUUCUGAAUUUUCAAGUUUGAAGUAAAAAAUAUAAACUUCAGUUUAUAUCCAGGUUUAUUAUUUUCUACUAUUUUAAUAAUGAGAGAAGCAAUGGUUAGCCUAUACUUUCCCAAAAGCAUAACUAUAGAUUUAACAUCUAGAAAGUCUUAAUAUCUUUAGCCCAAAGUUUACUUUUGAAGUCUUGAUGUUGAUUGGUUGGCUUUACAUGGUGUGCAUCUGUUAGGCUGAAGGAAUAUGAACCUACUCUUGAAUGGUCUAUUUUUCUGCCACGUGCCUCUCACCACAGGUAAAGGCAAAAUGUAAUGUAAGUAGAACAGAAGAUUGCUUAAUUUUGAACUUACUUCAGUGUGAGGAUGAAUUUUUCAACAGAAGUGCUUGCAGGGUUACUACCUCAGUUUAUAAUCUACCUGGUCAUUAAUUUAUUUCUAUCUGGUUUGCUCUAAGAAUUGCCUCCAGUGUUGAUAUAUAUAUCUUCAUUCAUACACACACUGAGAGCGCAUCACCAUAAAAGUUGGUCCCAUUUUUGCAGAGCCCUUAUUCUGUGUGUUCUGUGCACGUCCGUUUUAGUUGUGAUCCUGGGAGAUGCAUUUACAGAGUCCAGUAUAAUAAACACCAUGAGAACAGGCUGGUUUCAGACACCAGCUGUCUGUUGGGAAGCAGGCACCAUUUGCCUAGACUUGGUGACAAUACCUAGACAUUCUUUUGACUAAACCAUGCUGUUGUUCAGCCACUGGGUUGUGUUUUGUGUUUCCGAAAUCUAGUACUCUGCAUAUUUGAUGGGACAUCUUUACAUUUAUUGGACUUUGGAAAAUUGUUUCCUUGGGAUUGUGCCCUUACUGUCAAAGAAUAAGAGCUUGGUUAAGAAUUCUCCCAUUUACUAUCCUCCUUAAGGAAGGAACGGAUGGUGACAAGUAGGACAGAAGGGACCAUUUUAAUAUUGACCUGGAGGAGAAAAAAUUCAAGUCAAUUUCAUCCCGUUCCUAGAUGGUAAAGUAAAUAAGCCCCUCCCCCAAUCUUAAAAUCCUAGGAGGUUUUAACUCAACGUUUUAUACAUUAAAGUCUUGUAAUGGUGCUUUACGUGUCAAUGUAGCUUGUGAAAGACUUUGUACAGACAGGUAAAAUUUCCAUUUCUGAGUGACAAAAUGUGAUAAUGACACCUCCUCCUCUGUAACUUGAAAUCAAAACUAUCAGAUUUUAUUUUUAUAUAAUUUAAGGAAGGUGAAGUUAAGGGACUAGAAGACUUCUAAAUUGGCUUCUUCAAUUUAAAUGUAAUAUGAUUUAAAUGUAACCAGUUGGGAUUUUAUAGCUAAAAUUAUAUUUGUGUAUAUAACUUAACUAACCUGUAAAUUGUAAUAAAUAUAUUUGCAAUUA